AUGGCUGAAGAAAAACAGUAUCGCGAAGAGGUUACGACUGAUCCCAGUCUCACCCAUCAGCACACUGCUAGCAGUCAUGGCCUCCACCAUGAUCAUGUCGCUCAAGAAGCCCUUGGCGGACAUACUGCUGAUCUGGGCAAGUCGUACUUCACAAGCAUAAACUUUAUCGGCACUGUAGUGGCAACAUGUCUAGCGCAAAUAUCUGGUUACUUGGGAUGGGUUCUUCCUGCGAACACACUGAGUCUCAUCAACGCCGCGAUUGGACCAUCACCCGACAUUAUCUGGGUUGGCAUCUCAUGGACAGCUGGAUUCGCCAUCGGCUUCACACUUGUCGGUCGGUUGUCGGACAUCUUCGGUCGUAGAUGGUUCUUCAUCUGCUCGUCAAUACUUGGUCUCGUUGGAAACAUCAUCGGAGCAAGUGCACAAAGCAUUAAUAUGCUGAUCGCAACGAACUCCAUCAACGGGCUCGCCGCAGCCGGCCAGCUCUCGUUCCACAUAAUCCUUGGAGAGCUCGUUCCCAACUCUCUUAGAGGUCCUGUGAACGCUUUCGUGCUAUCGACAUCAGUCCCAUUCGCCGUGUUUGGUCCUCCAGUCGCACGGUCCCUCUACCAGACCACUGAGCUACAAUGGAGAUGGUGCUACAUCCUUGGGUGCAUUGUCAACGUACUUGCAAUCGUUCUCUACUUCUUCUUCUACUUCCCACCAACAUAUGAAAUGCUUCACGUCGGUGGCAAAUCGAAACUAAAGCAACUUAAAACUCUUGACUGGAUAGGCAUCUUCUUAUUCUCAACCGGCCUCGUUGUCUUCCUAAUCGGUCUGAAUUGGGGUGGCUCCGCAUAUCCAUGGAAGAGCGGGCACGUACUGGGAGCACUAUUCGCUGGUUUUGGUACUCUAGUCGCUUUCUGCUUCUGGGAGGCAUACGCCCCAGGACUGGAAUACCCACUCAUUCCCUUACGACUGUUCAGGAACAUUGAGUAUGACGCCAAUGUUGCUUGUGCUAGUUUGGCAGCCAUCGUCUACUAUGCGAACUCAAUUAUCUGGCCUACAAUGGUCUCUUCGCUUUUCACGACAGAUAUCACUAAGAUCGGAUGGCUCUCGUGCGCCGUUGGUGGUGGUCUUCUCCUCGGACAAAUACUCGGGGGCGCUGGUGUCCGCUAUCUUCCGCGGAUGAAGAUUCAAAUGACCGUCGCAGCAGUCUUCACCACAGCGUUCGUCGCCGCUGUCGCUGCCUCGGACGAAACGACAGAAGACCGAACAACCGCAUUAUUGUUGAUCGGCACCAUCGCUGCAGGCUACAUCGAGAACCUCACACUAUCCAGUACCGCAUAUCUCUGGGAUCCCGCUGACAUCGGUCUGGUAACUGGCGUCAUGGGUGCCAUUCGAACUGGUCUCUCCGCGAUAGCUACGAGCAUGUACUCCUCGAUCCUCGCGACUGAAUCAGCCAAGUACAUUCCUCAAAAGGUCAUGCCUGCUGUGCUCGCUGCGGGUCUUCCUGAAACAUCAAUUCCUACCCUGUUGGCUAGUAUCGCACUUGGCGAUUUCAGCGCCGUACCUGGCAUCUCGCCCGAGAUCAUUGCGGCAACAGUUCAGGCUGUGAAGAGCGCAUAUGCGUUGUCAUUCCGAACUGUGUAUCUCUGCACGCUCCCUUUUGGCGUCCUUCUCAUUGUCGCUGCGUUACUUUCACCAAAUGUGGAGCAGUACCUUACAGAUGAGGUUGCGAGGAAGAUGCAUGCUAGGGGUGAUGAGAAGGGUGAUCAGGCUGUGAUGAAGGAGGUUGCCGAUGCGUAA